AUGCAGCGUUUUCGUUUCAAUAAAAAAGCAGCCAUUGAUUAUUUGAUGAAAACUAAACAAACGAACACAAAUGAACAAGACGAACAACGUGAUCGUAAUACGAUUCAAGAUCAAAACAAAGACGACACACCACAAACUGAGGAUAGUAGUCAGAGUUUAUGGGAUCCCCGUUAUAUGGCUGAAGUAGUGCGCGACUUUUACCGUGAAUUGGCUAAGUCAUGGGCGAGUAUUCUACGAGGCUUUAAAGAUCACAGAUAA